GUUGGCUGCAAGCCCAGAGAACACACCCAAUACCAAAAAUACUAAGACGCACACUGAGAAACAAAAUUUCUUCCACAUAUGCACAUCUGUUUUAGCGCAACACAAAGCAAUUAGAUGAAAACACCACUGGACGUUUACAUUUUUAAAUGUAACAUUCCUUCAAAAAAAGAUGAAACUUGAUUCUCCGGAACAACACUUUCACAGGGAAAAACCCUGUUUAAAGCUGAUUUUUACGGGUCUGUGUCUCGGAUUGGUGUGUUUUCUGGUUAUAUGGUCUUAUAUGGGUAGUGAAAGAUCGAAACAACCUCCACACUUGUUUCAGCACUUUGCAAAACUUUACAGCUCCACAAAUUCAUCUACCUCUCCUGCAGAUGUUCUGCUAAAAAUAAGUUCAGAAGACUCAGAGUUACUAACAACCUCAGAAUCACUUACAAGUUCAGAGUCACUAACAAGUUCAUUUUACUCUGAAUUUGGAAUCAGUUUAGAAAGUUACUCCAAUUUACAGCAGACUCUCUACUGGGCUGGACCAGACAGAUCAAUUACAGAUGUGUCAAUGAGAACAAGUCCAGCCUACUCCACCUUUAUCAUUCAGAACCUGAAAGACAGCUACCAAAUAGGGGAGGAGCUUUUUGUUACUAUCCAUGCCAGGGACUUCAACAAUAAACCCAAAAGUUACGGAGGGGACUUCUUUCAAGCAAAGCUUUUCUCAUCAAAAAGUCCCAACAAGGCCAGUGUGUUUGGGGAGGUGGUGGAUUUGCUCAACGGCUCCUACUCUGUGCGUUUUCUUCUGCCAUGGGUUGGACAGGCACAGGUGGCUGUGCGUCUGAUUCACUCCAGUGAAGCUGUGCAGGUCCUCAAGCUUCACAGAGACACCGAUUCUGACAGAGUUUUCUUUAAUGGAUAUUUUGAAGGACUAGGACCAAAUGGGGCCAGGUUGAGAGAAACAGUGAAGUGUAAUGUGAAGUGGGACAAAAAUGGACUGGAGAGAAUGGGAACUGGAGAUUGUUGCUGUGAUUACAAAGAUUCUCGCACAGAAGAGACAUGGCGUUGCCAAAGACCCCAAACUUUACCAUGCAGCGCCCACGUGUAUCAUUCAAUGGGCGGGUAUAAUAACCGCCUGACAGUAAAAGAGAACAUUCUAAUGAAGGAAAUCAACCAAGGUAUAAACACCAGAGAUGAAACCAUCAUCAUGAUUGCUCCAUCCAAACAAAAACGAAGUAUUGGUGAAAGCAAGAAAUGUCACCCUGGUGUGCACUCACCAGUUCCAGCUGGGUUUUACCUGGAUGAUGUUUGGACCUCUUUUGUUUGUAGAACUCGCAGUUUUACUACCCAAACAACAACACAGUGCCUGAAAGACAAAAGCAUCUACAUGAUGGGAGACUCGACCAUGAGACAAUGGUUUGAGUUCUUGCUGAAAGCAGUACCAACCUUGAAGCAGAUGAACCCGCAUGUUGAAUAUCAGGCAGGUCCUCUUCUAGCAGUGGAUGUGGAGAACAACAUUGACUUACACUGGAGGGCUCACGGUCUUCCUCUGCGCUGUCGGAAAACUGAAGUUUCUAAUCUGCACUACGUCAGUAAUGAGAUUGAUGAUCUGACUGGAGGACCUCACACUGUUAUUGUCUUUAAUCUGGGGCCACACUUCACAACAUAUCCUCUGGAUUUCUUCACCCACAGAGUGUUGAGGAUCCGCAAAGCUGUGCAAGAUUUGUUACAACGGGCACCAGACACUACCGUUAUAAUCAAGACUGUAAAUACCGGCUAUAAGGAUGUGUUCGGCAGUGACUGGUAUUCUUUGCAGUUGGACAGAAUCCUUCGGUGGGCUUUUCAGGAUGUUGGUGUUUAUAUUUUGGAUGUUUGGCAAAUGACAGCCUGUCACUACAACAAAGAGGACAUUCAUCCAGGUCCUGUCAUCAUCAAAAAUGAGAUGGACAUAUUUCUGUCUUUCAUUUGCCCUGAAUGAACUUUUCACAUGGGGAAUCAGGAAGUGGAAACAAAGGCUUGAUAGCGCUCCGGCGCCACGCAGGAUUUCCGGUGUACAGACUUGUCUGUGGAAAAAAUGUGAUCUGACAAUUCCCAAGAUCUAAGACAGUAAAAGAAAUGGACACAGCGACCCCAUUGGAUUCAACAAAGACAAUUGAGAGAAAGGUCUGGUUGCAGACCACGGGCGAGGGGAGCUCCACUCUCAAACAGGAAACACUUGACCUCCACUAGCGGGUGAGCGGAAAUACGUCACCUAAUCUACAUGCAUAAUAAAAGUAUAUAAAAUAAUUGUUUUUUUUAUUAAAUGCUUGAAAAAACAGAAAAAGAAACUAACACACAUUGACACCAUUGUCAUAUAACAAUAAAACAAGAGUCCAACAGUC